CCUCACCUUUUCCUUUCUUUAUCUUUACAAAAACAUAUUCCUUCUUUCUUUCUUUUUUUCUCUCUAUCCUUUCAAGGGAAUUAUGCCAUGUAAUUGUCCUGAAACUUUCAAAACCCUACUCCAUCGAAGCAAAACAGUAAAAAGCUUCAAAACGCCGUCGUUACCCUAUAAAUGCACCGUUGAGAAUCGAGAUGAUGAGAUCACCUCAAGUUCGAAACGGCGUCGUUGAGACUCCGUCGCCGUCGCACUUCCACUCCAGCGUAUCCGUACACAAGCUCCGGCGGUUCAACAUUUUGAUUGUCGUCUUCCGGUUUGCUUCCUUCUGCUUCUCGCUUGCCUCAGCUAUCUUCAUGUUCACUAAUUCUCGCCGCGGCUCCGAUUUGCCUCAGUGGCACCACUUCGAUGCCUUCAGGUUUGUGGCUGUUGCCGGUGCAAUUGUUGCCUUAUAUUCACUCUUCGAAGUAGGAGCAUCCGUGUGGGAGAUUUCAAGAGGCGCUACUGUUUUCCCUGAAGUCGUUCAAGUUUGGUUCGAUUUCGGCCACGAUCAGGUAUUUGCGUACCUGUUGCUAUCGGCGGGAUCGGCGGGAGCGUCCUUGGCUCGAACUUUGAAGGAGAUGGACACGUGUACGGUUAGCAAUGCAUUCUGCGUUCAAUCAGAUAUCUCAAUAGCCUUUGGAUUCGCCGGAUUCAUGUUCCUGGGCUUUUCUUCACUCUUGUCGGGUUUCCGGGUUGUAAGUUUUAUUAUCAAUGGUUCUCGAUUUAAUGUGCAAAAUUAAAAAUAAA